UAAGCGACAGAAAGAAGCACACGCAAUGGCGACUGUAGUUUGAUACCACGGUUGUCGUUAUCAUUCGUUACCAGUCGUUGGGUUGACGAGCCCUCAUUUCUAGCGACUUGCGAUUUUCGCAGAUUCAGACGAUUUGAAAGAAACUAAAAGGAGAGUUAAUACAACUUACAAAUGUUGACCAUGCCCUCGAUGCCCCCAGACGCUCACAAAAUAUCCCUCAAAAUAAUUGAGGCAAUAGAACAACAUCCUGUUCUUUAUAUUUCUGAAGUCAAAGGUGGCGCAAUUAAGUUACAAGAAUUUAGACAGAAAGUUUGGAAACGAAUAGCGCUGGAACUAGGCCUGGAUCCUGGCUGGGUUCGACUUCGGUGGAAAAACUUGAGGGAUACUUACUGCCGCAUAUUAAAGUACAAAAACAAGACUGACAAAGGAAUCAGACGGAAAAAAUGGGUAUUUGAGGACCAUUUAAGUUUUCUCAAAUUUCCUUAUGAAUCAGAUUAUCAACCGCAAUGUGUUGAACUUUCCGAGGAGUAUAUACAGGAUAUAAAUGCUGGGGAUAAUAAUACAGAAGGACUUUUGGAGCAAUUAGAGGAUAGAACUGACGAUGAUUUUACGGAAUAUUUAGAAGUCUUAGAAGAAACGACUGCAGAUCCUAUAUUGGAUGAGAGUGAGGAUCAAAAGAUCGAAAUGCUGGAAGAUAGUAAUUCGUUCCAACAAAUUGCAAAUAGUAACGAAAUGCAGCAAGUUAUUGUAACCACCCCCAUCCAACAGAUAGAGUCGAAAUUUAGGAAAAUAAGACCGAAGAGAGCUAAAUACGAACACCAACCUACAGUGGAUGUAUCUAACACCUAUAGUAUUCUAAAAAAUUCUAAUCAAAAUACUGGAAAUUUAAUCAUACCGUCAACAAGUGCUAAUGGUUCAACUACUGGACCUAUUUUUUUGAGAAAUUCAACAGUGCUGCCUACUCCUGUUAGUCCGACUAAAAAUGCUAAUGACAUAAAAUUGACAGAGACUAAUAUUGAUCAGGUGUAUUUGGCCCCAGAGGGCAAAAGUAGCAUUGAACUUUUCUUUGAUAGUAUGGCAGAGACUGUGAAAAAAUUACCUGCCAAAGCUCAAGCUGAUAUAAAGAUGGAAAUUUGUAAGCUUGUUACCGAAGCUGAAGUAAAGUACUCCGGACAAACUUCGACUCAAAAUACCCAACAAUUCAUAGCUCCACCUGGUAUGAUUCCAAAAUUAGUGCUUAUACCUUGUAGUAUGAUUGAUAAUGCAAAUAAUAAAGGUUAAGAUUUAAA